UUUUAUUUCACACGUUUAAUCGGAAGUUUUAUUUGAAGUAAACAAGGUUUAAAAUGAACCAAGGAUUUGAAACCAACUUCACUCAACUGUACGAUAACUGGACAUUUUACAACUCCAGCCUAGAGACAGUCCUGCCCAGAAACAACAUUACCUAUGUGGGAUUUUACCUGCACCCGCCCUCCACGGCUUCCAUCUUCAUCGUGUCCUACUUACUCAUAUUCUUGGUGUGUAUGGUCGCCGGAAGAAAUAGCAAUGAGAGAUACUGUAUGUGUACAAAUUGUUGCUCAACUUUGCCAUGUUUUUCCCCCCUUAAUAAACUCUGCUAUUUCACUCACAUUUUCCAUUGUUGCUGCAGGUUCCGUUGCAUCGUGUACCCAUUCAAGCAGAAGCUGACCAUUUCCACAGCAACUAUGAUCAUCGUCAUCAUUUGGGUACUGGCCAUCUCCAUCAUGUGUCCCUCUGGAGUGAUGCUGCAGGUGACCAAGGAGCACACCAUCCGUGUUUUACUUGGCUAUGACAACAAGACCAGCCCCUUCUACUGGUGCCGCGAGAACUGGCCCAACCAGGAAAUGCGCAAAAUCUACACUACAGUUCUGUUUGCCAACAUCUACCUGGCUCCCCUUUCACUCAUCGUGAUCAUGUAUGCUCGGAUUGGAAUAACCCUUUUCAAAACAACAGUCCCAACAGGAGGUAAACCGGGCCAUGAUAACCGCCACACUGUGUCCAAGAAGAAGCAGAGAGUCAUCAAAAUGCUUUUAAUUGUAGCAUUGCUUUUCAUUCUCUCCUGGUUGCCACUGUGGACACUGAUGAUGCUAAGCGACUAUGCCAGCCUUACUGAGCAACAGUACAGAAUCAUAAAUAUUUACAUUUAUCCUUUUGCCCACUGGCUUGCCUUUUUCAACAGCAGUGUCAACCCUAUUAUCUAUGGAUUCUUUAAUGAGAAUUUCCGAAGAGGGUUUCAGUCUGUGUUUAAGUUUAGUCUGUGCACAGCGAACGGACAGAGGAGGAAAACAUAUUCCCAUAGGUUGCAAGGAAACUCAGUGCUGCCGGCAAACCAUGUGCAAACCUCUAUGGAGCCCAUUUCUCUCAAUAGCCUGGAUAAGACUAAUUGCAGGAGACUUAACCACGUGACUGAACAGGACCUGGUCAUGGAGGACCUUGAGAAAGGAUCAUGCAGCAGUGGUGGCGUGACCGCAGUGUCUAUAUGA